AAAAAACAUAUAUAGGAAAAUGGAGUUCUCUGUAUCACCAGUGGCAUUGUCUUGUCUCUUUUUCUUGUUCCUAAUUACAGGAACUUUGGCACAAAAUAUUGGUUCAAUUGUAACCAGGGACUUGUUUGAACGGAUGCUGAGUUUUAGGAACAACGCUGCAUGUCCUGGCAAGGGAUUCUACACUUAUGAAGCAUUCAUAACUGCAGCCAAUUCCUUUCCAGCUUUUGGUACUACUGGUGAUAAUACUGCCCGUAAGAAAGAAGUUGCUGCCUUUUUUGGUCAAACUUCUCAUGAAACUAAUGGAGGUCGUGCAGGAACAUUUAACGGAGGAUAUUGCUUUGUUAGGCAAAUUGACCAGUCAGACAGAUACUAUGGGAGAGGACCUAUCCAAUUGACACACCGAUCUAACUACGAGCGCGCAGGAAGGGGCAUUGGUGUUGGACAAGACUUAGUGAACAACCCUGAUAAAGUGGCCACUAAUCCUGUUAUAUCAUUCAAAACAGCAAUAUGGUUCUGGAUGACAGCACAGGAUAAUAAGCCAUCAUGCCACGACGUUAUCAUUGGACGAUGGAGGCCAUCACCAGCAGAUAGGUCAGCAAAUCGAGUGCCAGGCUACGGUGUCAUAACCAACAUUAUUAAUGGUGGAAUUGAAUGUGGGAAGGGUCGGAAUGGUGCUGUAGAAAGUCGAAUUGGAUUUUACAAGAGGUACUGUGGUAUGUUAAAUGUUCCCACUGGAAACAACCUGGACUGUUACAAUCAAAAGAACUUUGCCCAGGGUUAGGCUUCUUUACAUAUAUAUAGGAUGCCAAUCAUGUUAUGUAUUACCAUUACUCAUGGAGAUGACAGUAAUAAAUAAGGGGAUUAUGUGUUACCAUUAACAAUAAGGUGACAUUAUAUAGAAGAGUGAAAUAUAUAUUCAAAAUGGAAGUUUCUUGUACCAGACAUUCGGAAUAUGAUUUGUGUUUAAUAUUUAA